UGGGAGGUAAAAUGCUAAAAGAAGCCAAAUUUUCAGUUAAGUUCCCUAAAACUUACUAAAUAUAUGGCGAUCAUAGAUGUUUGUGUUUGGGGAUGGACAUGUGGAAACCAGUAACAGAGCUGAGAGUCCCAUCCAGGAUGUCUUCGAAUAAAAGAUAGCUCACACGGAUCCAGGAGCAUGCAAUGGAAAGGUGCCCAAAACGGGUGCUCUGGUCACAGAAUCAAGGGGAUCCAGUUGUCAUAGGCCCAGAGACUAUCUUAAUCAGGCCUUGAAGGGAUAGGGCAGCUGCUGGCCCCUGCCUGUUCUGGCAGGAAGCCCUGGAAAAGAAAAGAUGCUCCACAAAGACGGUGCCAGAGCCCUAGCCAUGGGAUCCACCCUGGCUUUUGUGACCUCACAGGAGGUAUGGGUGACUCUUGUCUGUGGGACCUUGCUAGAGUCAAAGACCAGAGCCAAACCCAUAAGGGAGACGGCCUCCCUAGGGAGGGAGCUAAGAAUCCACAGCUCCAUGUAGCUCCGCGGUGUUAGUCUAGAAGGACCACCAUGAAGAAGGUCAAAAAGAAAAAGUCUGAUUCCAGGCGCCGCAGGGAUUCCACUUCGCCGCAGGCUAGCUCGGAUUCCUCACAGCAGCCCAGCUCAGAAACCCCGCCAUCAUGUCCAGACCCCAUCUCGCCACCCUUGCAGCCACAGCCUUACCAGGAGUCCACCCCACCACAGCUAAUUAACCCUGAACCUGUACUGCCACAGCCUUCACCCCAGGUUUUCCCAGCUGCGGACCGCCGUGUCUCAACUCCAUGCCUGAUACCUUUAAAUAUUGAACCCACCUGUCCGUCCAGGAAAUCAGUGCCUCUGACCUGUGUGGCUCCACACUCCUGCUCCUGUGCAGCCUGCCCUGGCAGCUCUGCUUGCUGGCGACGUCUGGGGCUGUGCCACAGCCGCAUCUUCGAUGUUCUUCUGCCUCGGGAAGCCAUGCCAGGGAGAGAAUUCCCAAACCUUCUCACCUUCUACAGAAAACCUUCAAGGAAACACUGUACUCCCCGUAACUCACGUGCUUCAGGCUCUCGGAACUGUUGCUGUGGCUCUGGGGGCCCUGGGAGCCCUGGGAGCUGCCUACUUCAUUGCUGA